AUGCCCAAAGAUAAAGAACGCUCCAUCAACCCCGCACAAGCUCAACGCAAACUAGAAAAGCAAAAAGCGCUCAAAAAGGGCAAAGCCGAAGCCGUAGCCCGCCGCAACGAGAAGCUUGCGCGUCGUAACCCAGAGCGGAUACAGCGGCAGAUCAAUGAUUUGAAGGGCAUAGAAGAGUCGGGCCAGCCGCUGCGGCCGCGCGAGAAGCAGAUUCUAGAGGAGUUGGAGCGGGAUUUGAGGGCGGUGCAGAAGGCGCGAGAGGCGUUGGGAGAUAAAGCGCCGCAGUUUGCGAGAGCGCAUCAGCAAUCCGAUCAUGCAAAUAGACAAAAUGUACUAGGCAAGAGAAGGAGGGAAGAUGGUGGUGGUCGUCAGCAGCAUUGGAGACAUGAUCAGGAAAGUGAUGGCAGCGAUACAGACGAGAGUGUUCGUAAUAUCCCCAUGCCGAGAGAUACACCACCUCCAAUCCCCCACGAAUUCCGAAGGCGGGGUUUUCAUCCUACCACUGCUACUGCGGAAGGCGAACAAGGCCCUCGUCAGCCACAUGCAUUACCUGCGAAGCCGGAGGCAGCAGCAACUGCGCGAACAGUCUAUGAAUCUGCGCCUGUCAUUCGAGAUCUCAGGCAAGAAGCUGUAAGCAAAUUUGUGCCGGCCGCAGUCCGCAGACAGCAAGAUGCUAUAAGGGGACAGGGAAGAUUGGUUGAGCCGGAGGAAAUGGAUCGGUUAGAGAAGGCGGGUUAUGUACCGACGAGCACCAAAAAGGAAGAUACUCAUCAAACUGGAGAGGAGGAAGAUCCGGAGGAGAUAUUGAGAAGGAUUGAGGAAGAGACUAGAGCCCAAUCGUCGAAUAAGAAACAUACUGUAGAUGUUGAGGAGGUCACUGAUGAGGAUGAUAUGUGA